AUGUAGUAAGUGCUGGGUUUGAUUCACGCUUAUCAGGUUGGACACAGUCUGUCAUUCAUUCAGUUCAUCACAUCUCGAGAUGUUAUCCUUCUACUCUGACAGAUUCCCCUAUCCGUAAUCUAUUUUAACGUCCGUGUGCCCCUCCCAAGUGCUUCGUACAGUGCUCUGCACACAGUAAGUGUUUAGUAAAUACCAUCGAUUGAUUGCUUUGGGUCCUGCCGCCAAGCCGGAAGGCCAUCCAAGAGCUCUGGAGCAAUUGACCACCCGCCAAAACUCUCAGCCGCUUGAGAGUCUCUGCAAGCAGUACUGGGUCGUGUAUCUCUAGGGGCAAUACCGGUCCUGGUACUGUGGCCCAGUGCCUAGGCACAUAGUAAGCGCUUAACGAAUACCAUGAUUAUUAUUCUUCAGUUUUUGUUUUGACCUGCACCUGAAAAUGAAUGAUUUCAUUAUGUAAAUUAACUUUCCUGAAACAAUCCCAUUAUCAGAACUCAACCAAUACAUUCCACUGAUCCUCCUGAAAAAGCCGAGGUCCAAGAGUGGGUUGUCCCUUAAUCUUUUGUGUAAUUAGCAAACAGCAGCCUGAGGCAAUGGAGUAUGGAGGCAGCAUCAAACUUACACACAAGCAAGACAACAACUGGAGUUAAAAUUUCAUGCAGCCUUCCAAAGUGGGAAAAGUAUGACCUAUACUGUAGCUUGGUGUGUGCCAUGUCUAGCUUCAUUUGACACCCUCCAGGAAUUGUGUAGAAAAGAAAAACUCACAUGUAAAUCGAUUGGAAUCACCAAAAGGAAUCUAAACAAUUUUGAGGUGGAAUACUUGUGUAACUACAAGGUAGAAAAGGAUAUGGAAUAUUACCUUGUAAAGUGGAAAGGAUGGCCGGAGUCCACAAACACCUGGGAGCCUCUGGAAAAUCUCAAAUGUCCAUUGCUUCUUAAACAAUUCUUUAAUGACCAGCGUGUGUAUUUGACAAAGAUGAAGCAAGGGAAAGUAAUAACUCUAAAGAACAAUGUUAAGAUUUUGAGGCCUGCGCUUGCCAAGUAUAUCGUAAAGAAGGCGAAACAAAGGAUAGCUCUGCAGAGGUGGCAAGAAGAACUCAACCGAAAAAAGAACCACGAUGGAAUGAUAUUUGUCGAAAACACUGUGGACCUGGAGGGUCCCCCGAUAGACUUCUACUACAUUAAUGAAUAUAAACCCGCCCCCGGGAUCAAUUUAGUAAGCGAAGCCACAGUCGGCUGUGUUUGCACUGACUGCUUCUUUGAAAAGUGUUGCCCGGCCGAAGCUGGAGUUCACUUGGCAUAUAAUAAAAACAACCAGAUCAAAAUCCAGCCAGGCACCCCCAUCUACGAAUGCAACUCCCAGUGCCAGUGCGGACCCGACUGCCCAAAUCGGAUCGUGCAGAAAGGCACGCAGUACUCACUGUGCAUCUUUCGAACUAGCAACAACUGUGGCUGGGGAGUGAAAACCCUGGAGAAAAUUAAGAGGAUGAGUUUCGUCAUGGAGUAUGUCGGAGAGGUAAUUACAAGUGAGGAAGCAGAGAGAAGAGGACAGCUCUAUGACGAUAAAGGAAUCACAUAUCUCUUUGAUUUGGACUAUGAAUCUGAUGAAUUUACAGUGGAUGCAGCGCGAUAUGGAAAUGUGUCACAUUUUGUGAAUCAUAGUUGUGACCCAAAUCUCCAGGUAUUCAAUGUCUUCAUCGAUAAUCUUGAUACUCGUCUUCCUCGGAUAGCAUUAUUUUCUACCAGAACAAUAAAGGCUGGAGAAGAACUCACGUUUGAUUACCAGAUGAAAGGUUCUGGAGACUUGUCUUCUGAGUCCAUCGACCUCAGUCCAGCCAAAAAGAGAGUCAGAACUGUGUGCAAGUGUGGUUCUGUGUCUUGCAGAGGUUACCUCAACUAAAAUUUCAGGAUGCAGACCUGAAGAUGGAGGCAGUUAUUUUACAAACACUGUAAUGUAAGAUAGGAAACGCAUUUUAAGGCCAUCAGUCCCCUUUUAGCAAGUGAAUUUUUUGUAUUUAAGUCUUUGAGAUAUUUUUACACAAUUUUAAAUCAAGAUUAUGCCUUAUGUUUUCCUAGUUUACUAUUUUUCUUUCAGAACAGCAUUAGCCAAAGACACAUUCCUGAUGCGUAUGAGUCUGAAAUAUGGGAGCAUGCAACCUCAAGAAUGUU